CUUAUUACAAGCAUGUUCAGUCAUAGGUCGUUUGUGCAUCUAGUUGCUACUUGUGCAGCUUUGCCAUGCUUUGGGGCUGCUACCGCGAGUUGGAUGAGCAGACAGCAGGAUCGUCCAUCCAAUAUGGGGCUCCCGGAGGCGACAUCCAAAUAUCACCUUCUUGCUUUCAUCUUGACAGCCUCUCUCGUAUCCAACGUCGUUUCGAAGACCAUGUUUCUGACGCUAGGCUGGAGCCGUCUUAUGAGCGGCCGGACGCCCUCUCAGGUUCAUGCAAUGCUGCCCGACGGGCUUGCCCAUGGCUCGUGGCUCUCAUCGCUCCGAUUCCGGAUAUCCAGGUUCUUUGCCCCAGCUCCCAAGGGACAGUUCAAAGAUAUGCCCGGUCCUGUUUCGUUUGGCACGUCUGGCUCCAUCUAUGCUCUCGCGACAGUGACGGCUCUCGCAUAUCCUGAUGUACGAGCCUCGUUUAACUGGAUGCCAGGUCUGAGCAUUGGGGUGCAGCAUGGCCUCGGUGGAGCCUUACUUCUCGAUACGAUAGGCGUAUUUUACGGAUGGAGACGAUUCGAUCAUUGGGCGCAUAUUGGUGGCGCGGCAUUCGGCGGACUAUAUUAUUUGUACGGCGCGGAGCUGUGGGAUGAUCUAAGGCGAAAGCUCGGACCCUUGUGGCUAUAUCAACUUAUGGGGGACGUGUAUCUCACAUUGCUCAAAGAUAGUCUGUCGAGGAAGGAUGAGAGCUCUAGAUCACGCAAGUCGGAGCAAUCAUAGUUCCUCUCAUC